AUGGGGCUCCCCGGACACAUCCUGCUCUUCCUUUUAGGAACUGUCUUCUGCCUGCCAGGGUCCAAAGCUUUGCAAUGCUACAGCUUUGAGCACACCUACUUUGGGCCCUUCGACCUCAGCGCCAAGCGUCUUCCCAACGUGUCCUGUGCCCAGGGCUGCUCCGAGGUGCUGCUGUCGCUGGACACUGGGUACCGGGCGACGGUGACCAUGGUGAGGAAAGGCUGCUGGACGGGCCCCACCACAGGCGCCAUGCAGACCAACCAGAACGCGCUGCCGCCGGACUACGCGGUGGUUCGCGGCUGCGCCACCGACUUCUGCAACGUGGACCUUAGGACCCACGACAGCCUCCCCAACCUGAGCCACGCGCCGGACCCGCCCCGGCUCAGCGGCUCCGAGUGCUACGCCUGCGUGGGGGUGAACCCCGAGGACUGCUCCCCCGAAAAGUCCCGACGAGUCCAGUGUCACCAGGACCAGAGCGCCUGCUUCCAGGGCAGCGGCCGGAUGAACAUCGGCAACUUCUCGGUGCCCGUGUACAUCCGGACGUGCCACCGGCCCGCCUGCACCACCAUGGGCACCACCAGCCCCUGGACGUCCAUCGACCUCCAGGGCUCCUGCUGCCAGGGGCGUCUGUGCAACGCGGGCUCCGUGGCCCAGCCCUUCCACUCCGCCGCCCCGCCGCGGGCGCCCCACGGCCUGGCCCUGCUCCUCGCCGCCCCCCUGCUGGCCCUCGCCAUGGCGGGACCCCUGCGGCUCAUGGUUUAGACGGCUCCCCCACACACACACCAGGGUGCUGGGGGCAGAGUCCCCCGCACCCCCUUUCUCCUCGCUGCGAUCAUCUGCUCACUGGGGAGGGGGGAUGGUCCAGGAGUGGCCAUGACCCCCACCCCUCCCCCUCCUUCCCCACUGUCCCCUGCUUAAGCCGGGGAGAGGGAGAAAGGGCCACGCCCUGCCCCCCCUCCCCAGCUCCCCAGCUGGGGAGCAAGAGAAAAGAGCUUCAGGGUGGGGACGCUUCUUUCUUAUCCAAACCACAACAGCCACAGUGAACACCUCAGUUUCAGUAUCAGCCUGCAGCAGAGCCUGCACCCAUCCUAAGAGCCAACAAUUCCACACGCUACCGGUACUAACUCACCAUUCCCCCAAAACACAUGGACUAUACAGGGUCCCUAGCAGGACCGUCCAUAACAGUCAUCAAGUAGAAACAACCCUAUAUCUAUCCCCAUAAGCAAUCAAACACUCAAAGUGAUUGUGGCCCACGCACCUGAUGGAAUAGUAUACAGAGACCAAAAAUGAGCCAUCCACAGCAACAUGCAACAGCACAGACAAAUCUCAGCACAGAGGGUUGAGGAUAAUAACAGGCACCCACGAGAACACGUUACACUAAUCCAUUUGAGCAAAGUAUGAAAGGUUUUUUGUACAAAAAUGACAGAAAUGUGGGGCCAGGUGAGGAGGUGCACACCUAUAAUCCCAGCUAUUCAGAAGGCAGAAACAUAGGUGGACAAUGGGCCAAAGCCAGCAAAGAAAGAAAGAAGGAAAGAAAGAAAGAGAGAGAGAGAGAGAUAAUGAGACCCUAACUCAAAGAAUAAGCCCGGUUGGGUUGGCACAAUUACCUGGUGGGUGGAAGUAGGAAGACUGAGGUCUGAUGCUGGUCCCUGUUUGAA